GAAAGUGCAGGGACAUUUUCAUCCGCUACAGCCAAAGGAGAGCGUUGCCUACAACACUGAAGGAUAAUCACGAGAGGGAGAGAGAGCGUGAGCGAGAGAAGGUUUAAUUAAUUCAUUCAGGAGGGGAGGGAUGUUUCUGCCGCUGACUGAGCUGGUUCCAGCACUGCCUGUAGCAUUUUGUUUGUGAGCCCAUCCAUGCUGUGAACGUGACAGCACUCAGAUCAGGCAGGAUUUGACGGACACCAUCACCUGAACAAGCAGAGAUUACAUCAGUUGAAAGGUCAUCAGUUGCUCCUCCGUGUGCACCUGGCACCUCCACGCCGCAGAGCUACUCCAAUCCCAGCCCCUACCGGUGGCUGUGGACGCCUCGCCUUCACACUGCCCUCGUCCUUGUGUCUCUCCUUCAUUUCACAACUCCACGUCGGGGACGCCGAUUCACCAUCUGUUACUAAGAAAAGGUGACAUAAUCAUGCCAGAUCGUACCAUGUCCUUCUCAUAUCUCACCUGAGGACGAUCAGUGUGGUUCCCCAGGCUCGCCGCGAGCACUCUGACCGGCGAGAUGGGAGACUGGGUCUGUCUGAGCCCAGCCGAAUUCUCCCAGCUGCAGCAGUACAGUGAGUAUUCCUCCAAGAAGCUUAAAGAUGUGCUGGAAGAGUUUCAUGGAAAUGGUGUCCUCUCCAAGUACAACCCUGAACAGCCCAUCGAUUAUGAGGGCUUCCAGCUGUUCAUGACGACCUAUCUGGAGAAUGACAUCCCUGAGGAACUUUGCAAACACCUCUUCACCUCCUUCAAGAGCAAGAAUGGUGGAGGCAGCUCCCCUGACGCUUCUCGGUCUGGAGCAGGCAUGCUAGAGCCCAAGUCCAUCGAUGCAGGCAUCACUAUACAGACCGAAGUGGCCUGUGCACCCAUAACAGGUAUGAAUGGGAAGAGUAUUUUGAGCGCUAUGAGCCGACAUACACCAGAGAACUCUGCAGGGAUCACUCAAGGCUCAGGGGCCACCACAUCACCCUGCUCCUCCCGCUCCUCCUCACAACGCUCAGGCACAGGGGGCCACACACCCAGAGGCCCCCGCCGGUCGCCCGGCACGCAGCCCAAUCCCCCAGCGAGCAGCAGCAAUGCUUUGGCUCUCUCCAAGACUACCAACUCCCCGCGCCUCUCCCCAGAGCGUAAUCAAUCUGAAAAUCGUACAUCUCUCCGGAGGAGUCCUUCUCCACAAAAAGGAUCUCCGUCACACCAAGUGGUCUUCCUUAAAGACAUUGUGUGCUACUUGUCCCUGCUGGAGAGGGGAACGCCAGAGGACAAGCUUGAGUUCAUGUUCAGGCUCUACGACACAGAUGGCAAUGGUCUGCUGGACAGUUCGGAGCUCGACCGCAUCAUAAACCAGAUGGUCCAUGUAGCUGAGUACCUAGAAUGGGACUCUACAGAACUACGACCUAUUCUGAAGGAGAUGAUGGAGGAGAUUGAUUAUGACCGGGAUGGAACGGUCACAUUAGAGGAAUGGAUCAGAGGAGGAAUGACCACCAUACCACUCCUGGUACUGCUGGGAAUGGAGACGAAUGUACAGGAAGAUGGGCAGCAUGUAUGGAGACUGAAGCAUUUCAACAAGCCAGCAUACUGUAAUUACUGCCACACAAUGUUGUUAGGAGUACGAAAACAGGGCCUUUGCUGCUCACUAUGCAAGUACACAGUCCAUGAGCGCUGUGUGUCCAAAGACAUUGCUCCUUGCAUUAGCACCUACGCCAAGUCCCGCAGACACACCAAUGCUAUGCAGCAUGUUUGGAUGGAGGGCAACUCCCCAACAAAAUGUGACAAAUGUCACCGCAGUAUCAAGUGCUAUCAAGGCCUAACAGGCCUUCACUGUGUUUGGUGUCAAAUCACUCUCCAUAACAAGUGUGCGUCUAAUGUGAAGCCUGAGUGUGACGGUGGACCAUUAAAAGAUCACACACUCUUGCCGUCGUACAUCUGCCCUGUUGUUCUAGACCGUCAUUCUGCUGUCAAAAGAGGUGAAGGAGAGUCAUCCCCCAGUACCAGCCCUGAGGACACCAGCCAGUGUUUCAAGUUCACCGGUGAUGGUCAGGCACUGCAGAUCACCCCUCUGCCUGGAACGCACCCCCUCCUUGUGCUGGUUAAUCCUAAAAGUGGUGGUCAGCAGGGUGAGAGGGUGCUGCGGAAAUUCCAGUACCUGCUUAACCCCAGACAGGUGUACAGUCUGGAUCGAGGAGGACCCAUGGUGGGGCUCAACUUUUUUCGAGACGUGCCCAAUUUCCGCGUGCUGGCCUGCGGAGGCGAUGGAUCAGUGGGGUGGAUUUUGGACUGCAUUGAUAAAGCCAGUUUUGCUCGGGAUCCACCUGUUGCGAUCCUGCCACUGGGUACCGGGAAUGACCUCGCUCGCUGCCUGCGCUGGGGUGGAGGCUAUGAAGGAGGCAGUCUGGUCAAAUUCCUCAGGGAUAUCGAGCACAGCACUGACGUGCAGCUUGACCGCUGGAACAUCGACAUUGUCCCUGACGAUAAAGAGGAGAAGGGCGACCCUGUGCCCUACAGCAUAGUGAACAACUACUUCUCCAUUGGAGUGGAUGCAUCCAUAGCACAUCGCUUCCACUUGAUGAGGGAGAAACAUCCAGAGAAGUUUAACAGCAGGAUGAAAAACAAGUUGUGGUACUUUGAAUUUGGCACCACAGAGACCAUCUCAGCCACGUGUAAAAAGCUGAACGAAUCUAUUGAGGUGGAGUGUGAUGGUAUCAUUUUGGAUCUCAGCAGCACGUCUCUGGAGGGUAUCGCUGUGCUCAAUAUUCCCAGCAUGCACGGGGGCUCCAACCUGUGGGGCGAGUCCAAGAAAAGACUGAAUUACAAUCGCAUGAGUAAGAAAGUGCCAGAGAGAAUGGCUGGCAGCACUGUCACCGAUGCCAAGGAGCUCAAGUUUUGUGUGCAAGAUCUGAGUGAUCAGCUUCUGGAGGUGGUGGGUUUGGAGGGAGCCAUCGAGAUGGGUCAGAUCUACACAGGUCUCAAGAGCGCUGGGCGGCGCCUUGCACAGUGUUCUAGUGUCACCAUCAGGACGUCCCGGCUGCUGCCCAUGCAGAUUGAUGGGGAACCGUGGAUGCAGCCUCCAUGCACGAUACGGAUCACGCAUAAGAACCAAGUUCCCAUGCUGCUGGGACCGCCACAGAAAACAUUCUUCUUCUUCAAGAAGCGCAACAGAAGUCGGGACUAGAUGUGGGACUCCAAAAUUCAACCACUCUUCUACAAUCAUACAAACACGCUCAAACAUCUCCACCUUCCUCAGCUAAUUCUUCGUCUUUGGCAGGUGGCAGCCAAAGAGAAGACACCUUUCAAUCACUUUUGUGAGACAAAUCAAUACAAAUACAACACUGUAAUGGGCCUCUAAUGGACUCCAUCUCCCAACACAUUCAGAUGUUCAUAGGCUGAACCAGUUGAACGGACCCUCUCUGAGUGUCAUGACCACUUCCUGUGUCUUAUCAUCCAGAACGUCUUAUCACAGGCUUGUGACCUGUAAGCUAUGACUCGAUUCCAACUAAAUCCCCCCUACCAGUAGGCCACUGCCUUGGGAUCACACUGUGUGCCCUCUCCCUCCUCUUGAGACGGCUCAUCAGAAGAUACUGCCAAUUUCAAAGAGAAAAAGAGAGGGAGGAGCAGAAGUGAAGAGACUCGCCCAGUAAAGGGAAAAGAAGUGUGUUCAAGUGAAAAGAGAAGGAGCGCAAGAGACACCCUGGCAUGAUAAUGUUCUUUGCAUGAGAGUUGGUGGUGCACAUAUGGACGUCACUGGGCCCGGGAACAAACUUUCCUCCUAAAGGAGCUCACUGAAUUAUACAUCAGUGCAUGCAAAGCACUCAUUCCAGUGCCUCUCCAAGGCCCUGCAACAUGCCAUCACUAAAGAGAUGAAGCAGCACACUCAUCCAUUAUGAUAAGAUUAUAAGAUGUUUAUGGGGGUCUGCUGAUAGAGUUAGGUCAGACUGGCCUGAAUGAGAUUAAACAUUUCAGCUUCUGUUGUUUGCUCUGGGCAGUUCUGGUGUUCACCCUCAGGCCACAAAACUGACCAGUGCAAGUUUUGUUACAGUUAGCUGGAUGUUCAUUUAUUCCCAUACUGCCCUCUAAAACAACAAUGCUAGCGUUCAGUGUGGAGAAUGGACCUAAGGUCUUUCAAAAAUGCAAGGAGUUUAGAGAAUCAGUGGACUAAAAGAGUUUUACCAAUUAGCAUUUAUAUCGUAGCAAUGUGGCAAUCUGUGCAAUAAUUUGAUGAUUUUAUCUUAUUUUUUAAGCCAAAUCAAAAUAGCGUGCCAUUAAGUUUGGGAGUAGAUUCUGUGUGAUUUUCCCUGUCGAUUAAAAACAUCUUACACCAGCCUAUGCUGGCUAUGCUGGUCUGCUGGCUAGUUUCAGAGGAUUUUGGGCACUUUUCAGCUGGUCAGGCUGGUAGACUUGCAGGUUACCCAGCUAGACCAGCUGAAGACCAUCGUAAUAGCCUUUUCACACCAACAUGAACGUACAGCAUGGAAAUCCGGUCCAGUUUUCGCAUGUGAUUUCUUUGUCUGUUCAGACCAAUGCGAAAAAUGGAAGAAUGACUGAAUGAAAAAUGCAACUUAACUUUAUGACAGUAGGUGGCGCUUACAGAAAAUGAGUUUUAUGUAACAGCAGCGACUCAGGACAUGUGACCAAAAAGUGUGAAUCGUAUUGGUUGGCUGGUUUUCUUGUGUUGGACAUUUCUGUAUAUAAAAAAAAAAAAAUCUGUGUGAAUGUUUGUCUAAAUCUGAGCAGAAGCAUUAAAAGCCGUUCAUUCAAAUUAAAAUGUUUAUCACACUGAAUUUUCGUCUUGGUGUGAACAGGCCUUACACCAGCUAAGACCAUCAAAUCAGUUUAGGCUGUUUUAAGCAUUUUAUCAGCAAAGUACGAUUUUAAUAAUUUUUUUAUAUAACAAUAAGGACAUAAUGGUAAAACUUUAAGACAAGGAUCAAUUUGUUAACAUUUGUUAAUGUAUUAGAUGUCGACAGCUAACACUGAAAAUAUAUUUACAGUCUUUAAUAAUAUAGAUUAACCUUAAUUUAUAAACUCAAUUGCUUGGUCCAAGUUCAUUUCCACCCCAUAAAUGUAUGCUAUUGUUCAUUGUCAAUUCAUUUAUAUUCAUAUUAUGCUAAACAAUAUUCAUUAAUACAACCUGAAAAUCUAUGAAUAUGUUGCAUACAUUAUUAACAUUGACCAGUAGUAAUAAAUCCUGUAAAAAUAUUAAUUGUUCAUUGAUGCAUUAACUAAUGUUAACAAAUUAAAUAUUAUAUUUUGUUACAGAAAUAAUAGUUUAAGGAAAAAUAUGCUAAACAUUUCUGAAAAA